AGUCGGUGACCGUGUCGGUGCAGCACAUAGACGGUACCAGCAGAGAGUCGCCACAGUCCAGCCUCCAGCAGCUGCAGACACAUCAGAUCCUCCCGCUGACUGACAGGAUCAUGUCCGGACUGCAGAGUCUCAAGGCUUUUAUCAGCCAGCGGCUCACCGCGGCGGUGGACGACGUCCUGGGACACCUGGAGAGAACCUUCCGGGAGUACGAGGAGGAGACGGAGCGCCGCCACCGGGACCUGCUGGAGGUGUUUCUGACGGCGGAGACGAAGCACCGCAGCGCAGUGUGUCCAUCAGAUGUCCAGCAGGUGGUUGUGAAUGUAGAGCAGCAGCAUGAGAGGAGCUCCAGUCUGGACCAGGAGGACGCUCACAUUAAAGAGGAGCAGGAGGAGCUGUGGAGCAGUCAGGAGGCUGAUAUCACCGAGUUCCCCUCCUCGCCUGUCCCUGUGAAGAGUGAAGAUGAUGAGGAGCAACCUCAGUCUUCACAGCUUCAUCACAGCCACACCGAGGAGAACAGAGACUCUGUGGGAGAACCAGUACCAGAACCACAUUUACAGCCAGUUAGUGGAGACAAAGCUUCAGACUCUGAACCAGAGACCGAGAUCAGUGACGAUGACUGUAAGCAGAGCAGAGAACCUGAACCAGACUCUGUGCAAGAUCACAGCAUUUCGGUAAACGAAGGUGGAAAAAAGUUGUUUAUCUGCAGCGAAUGUGGCCGAAAAUUUGGUCGGAAAGACAGCCUGCGGAGACACAUGAGGUACCACACUGGAGAGAAACCGUACAGCUGCUCCGUGUGCAGCAAAAGAUUCUCUCAGAGGCCAAACCUAAUCCGGCAUAUGAGAUGUCACUCAGGAGAGAAACCGUUCAGCUGCUCGUUCUGUGAAACCAGUUUUGCUGUACGGAGUGCAUUGGUGAACCACAUGAGGAUCCAUACAGGGGAGAAACCGUUCAGUUGCUUAUACUGCGAGAAAAGUUUCACUCAGAAAGGAGGCCUGAAGAAACACAUGACAGUUCACACAGGGGAGAAACCCUACAGCUGCCCAGUGUGUGAAAAGAGCUUUUCUCAGAAGGCGAAUCUAACAUAUCAUUUCUCAGUGCACACUGGACAGAAGCAGUUCGGCUGCAGUGUGUGCGAUAAAAGAUUCACAUGGCAGUCACAGGUCAAAAGUCACAAGUGUGUUGGAGAAAGCACCAUGGAAAAGUUCAGCCACCUGUGGGCAACAAACAGAACCUCUCAUGCUAGCCGGGAGCAGCCCGCCGGGGACGCAGUUGAGCGGCGCAGUUCGACGGACAGCAGGCGAUGUAGCGACGGAGGAAGUGGAGGGAAAGUUGGUGUGAAAAUGUCCAAAGUCCAGGUGCUGAGAGCGGCGGUGAAGCAGCGACUCACUGCGGCGGAAGAACCGGCCGGUGGUCCAACCGGAGGGUGGCCGUAUUCUCAGCUUUACGAAGUCCAGCAGCUGUUGGUGAGGAAAGAAGACCAGGACCAGGAGGACCCAGAGCCCCCUCACAUUAAAGAGGAGCAGGAGGAGCUGUGGAGCAGUCAGGAGGCUGAUAUCAGCGAGUUCUCCUCCUCUCCUGUCCCUGUGAAGAGUGAGGAUGAUGAGGAGAAGCCUCAGUCUUCACAGCUUCAUCACAGCCACACUGAGGAGAACAGUGACUCUGUGGGAGAACCAGAACCAGAUUUACACCAUGAAGACAGAACUUCAGACUCCUCAGAGACGGACAUCAGCGAUGAGGAUUGGACUGAACCCAGGGAGCCUGCAUCAGGCUUAAACUCUGUGAAACAUCACAAAGACUCGUUCACAUGCUUCGACUGCGGUAAAGCGUUUGUUCACAAGACAAAUCUGAAACGACACAUCAAGUGCCACAGUGGAGAGAAACCGUUCAGCUGCUCGUUUUGCGGGAAAAGCUUCACUCGGCGGGAACAUCUGAUUGCUCACAUGAGAUGUCACUCAGGAGAGAAGCCGUUCAUCUGCUCGGUUUGCAACAGCAGCUUCAGCCACGGCUGGUCGCUGGACAAACACAUGAGAGUCCACAGUGGGGAGAAACCAUUCAGCUGUUCACUGUGCAGCAAGAGAUUCAGGCAGCGCUCGGACUUGGCUGCACACUUCAGGAUUCACACGGGGGAGAAACCCUUCUCCUGCUCAGUUUGUAGCAACAGUUUCACUCAGCGUCACACUUUGGUUCAGCACAUGAGGACCCACACUGGCCUGAAGCCGUUCACCUGUUCAGUGUGUGAGAAAAGAUUCUCACGAAAAGGUCACAUGACGAGACACAUGGCAGCUCACACCGGGGAGAAACCCUUCAGCUGCAACGUUUGUGAGCAGAGAUUCACGUGGCAGUCGCAGUUUAAAAGACAUGAAUGUGGUGCAGAGAGCAGCAGCCUGAAGUGAAGCUUUUUUCCCCUGCAAACCUCUGAGAGGACGUACAAUAAAUGUUCUAGAGAAACAAA